UAAGACUGGCACACUGAAAUCCUAAACUGGAAACCGGUAACCAUUACAACUUUGGCGGAGUGGCUGCGCCGCUGUUAUUACCACAUUCCAAUACUACCUGCUACCCGGGUCAGCUCCCCUUCUUUUCACUUCCCGUAUAUAUAGGCUUAUAUAAACCCCGUUGAUUCUAAUCCAAACUCAACCCGACCCGAAUUCUUUGUUUAAAAAGAGAGAGAGAAAUGAUACUGGUGGCGAUCGUGGCGGAGGUGCUGGAGGAGUAUACGGCGUUGCUGGCCAGAGUGGUGGAGCAGGUGUUCCGUUCCGCCCCUGUCCCUCGACGGGUUCGUUUUCUGAUCCUCCGAACGCUUCCCUUUGUUUCUUCUCGUCCUAGGACCAUUCUGCCCCCUCCUACCCCUUCCUAUUAGGAUUUCUCCAUCUUUUGUAUAUUUCUUUUUUAUGUUCUCAUUAACAGUGGAUACAUAGAUCAUCUGUUUCGUUUAACCUCUCACUCUUGCCUCUUUGCCUUCCCUGCAUCACUCUAGAAACUUCUUUCACCUCUUUAUUAUAUUAUUAUGUUAAGCUCUAAAUGAAAUGAGACCUACUAUAUUUUUUUUA